GAACUAAAUGGGGAUGGUGGGGGUGGGGUACUGUCUAAUGUCAGCCUAGGGAGUAGGCAGGUACACAUUGUGUCCAGCUUGGGGACAAGGGGCAGGACCUUCUCAAAUACCAUUUUUCUAUAAUUUGGGCAAGAUCCUUUUAGUUACUGAUGUCAGAGACUAACUUUAACCCAGGUUAAGCUUUAAGAGACAAUUAUUAGCUCAUAUAAUUGAAAUAUCUGAGGGGCUGGAUUUCAGGCCUGGCAUGAUACAGGUGCUUAAAUGGUAUCAGGUUACUGGCUCUUUAUCUGUCAGCUCCGUUUCAUUUUCAGGCCAGAUUCUGUACUUAGAGUGGAGGGUGGCCCUUGGCAGUCAAUCCUUUGUAAGUGUGCUCUUAAAAAACAAACAAACAAACAAAAAAGCUUUCCGCGUCCCUCGCUGUGGGUGUCGGGACAGAGCGGCGCAGUCCGCUCAGAGGGUUCUAGGCCAGCGGCUUCAUCACCGACCCCACCGCCGCCGACCCCACUCCUCAUCGAAGAGGAGAUGGAGGGCCAGAACGGCACCAUUGCCACCAGCGUGUGCAGGGCCCUUUUCAUCGGGUCCUACAUUUACUUCGACCGCAAGAGGCAGAGUGACCCCAACAUCAAGAACAGGCUGCGAGAACAAAGAAAGAAACAGAAGCUUGCCAAGGAGAGAGCUGCACUUUCCAAGUUACCUGACCUUAAAGAUGCUGAAGCCGUUCACAAAUUCUUCCUUAAAGAAAUAUGGCUUAGUAAAGAGUCACUAGCUCAAGGUGAAUAUGAGAAGGGUGUGGACCAUUUGACAAACGCAAUUGCUGUGUGUGGACAGCCACAGCAGUUACUGCAAGUGUUGCAGCAAACUCUUCCUCCACCAGUGUUCCAGAUGCUUCUGACUAAGCUCCCAACAAUUAGUCAGAGAAUUGUAAGUGCUCAGAGCUUGGCUGAAGAUGAUGUGGAAUGAGAAACAAAUGUCAA